AUUUCACGUUUCAUUCCCCUUUACAUAAUUUCCCCCGAUGAAAUCGGAUUGUCCACACACACAUACAAGAAAACGGCAUCACAAUGAAUCUGACGAAGAGUCUGACUGUGAACUCAAUUCGAGUGGAUCAAGCUGUAAAUCUCAAAAGAUGACAACAAUUCCUCGUGACACAAGCAAGUGGAAUUCUUAUAUACUGGACAGGCUUCAUCUAAGUUGGGAUGAUGCGCCAAAAAAUCAUGAAGAGUUGCUGGACAUUUGUACAGCUGUUCCACCUCUUAAUGUAGAAUUAAAACAAGCAGCUGAUUAUAUAUCUGAAAAAAUAAACAUUGACUUCUCUUUUGAACAGUUAAAAGUAAUGUCACAUGCAGAUCUUGAUUCAAUUGGACGCGAACUUGGUGAUAUUAAAAGUCAUCUUCAAAAACUUGCAACAGCAGGGACUUAUUCGCAGUUAAAACUGAAUGUUCAUACUCAUGGACAAAGUUUUGUGGAAGCUGUAAAGAAACUAAUCUAUUUUGUAAGUGUGGAAGAAGCUUCAUAUGAAUCACUGUUUGUUCCAGUGUUGAGAGAAUUUUGCAAAGCUUGCAGUUUCUUAGGAUGUGAUGGUAUUAAAAAAGAAUUUAUCAUAGAGGGAUGUCCUGUCGCUGCAUUCCCCGACUUGGAAUUCCAAGCAAUAAAAAUUCCAUUUGGUUCUUUACAGGGCUAUGCUACUGUUUCUACUGCAGAGUUAGAAGAAUGUGAUGACUCAAGGGAUGAUUUGCACACAAGACUUAACCCAGAACAAGGAGAAUUUGUUGGCUCUAAGUUUCAACCUUGGGAUAUAAAAGGUGCAGCUCAGCAUGCAGGUCAGCUGUUGCUGGAAGUUAAAGGAUCGGCUUUUAAGCCAUGUAGUUUUGGAAUGAUAUUAGUUGGAUCAAAGAUCAUAAUGACAUGUCUUGAAGUCAGUCCAUAUUAUUUAAAUCAUAUAGGAGAGCGAUUGAGAGAAGAGGACAAAGGAAAGCUGUACUACUCAAACAUGUUUGACAUUUUUAAGGCUGACGAUCGAAAGAUUUUGGUCAAAGCGUUCCUCAGAUUAGCACAAGCUCAGUCAGUAAUGAUUUAAAUUAAACUGAUAAUGAGUUGUGUGAUAUAAAGAAGGACAUCUAUUGUGUUGGCAUACUGAAUAACAGAAACUGUGAAUAUAGUUUAAUGGAGAAGUGAAAAUAUUUCCCUGCAAUGUUGUUUUAUAAUUUAAACUAACAUACAGUUUUGACAAAUG